AUGCGUGGGAACGAAGUGGGGUUUAGCUGCAGCAUCCCUGUCUCCGUGGUCAGCGGGACGAGCUUUGUCAGUACGGCAGCUCCAGGGAAACAGCUGGAUGGCAUCUGGCACACCUCCAUAAUAGUCCAUAAGGAUGAGUUCUUCUAUGGCAGUGGAGGAAUAUCCAGCUGUGCACCUGGAGGGACACUUCUUGGCCCCCCUGACUCAGUUGUUGACCUGGGGAACACUGAAGUCACAGAAGAAAUUUUUCUGGAAUAUCUUUCCUCUUUGGGGGAAUCUAUGUUCCGAGGAGAGUCUUAUAACCUCUUUGAACAUAACUGCAACACCUUCAGUAAUGAAGUGGCACAGUUCCUGACAGGAAGAAAAAUCCCUUCCUACAUCACUGACCUUCCAGCUGAAGUUCUUGCCACACCUUUUGGACAAGCUUUAAGGCCCCUCCUGGACUCCAUCCAGAUCCAGCCACCCGGAGGAAAUACCUUCAGCAGACAUAAUGGACAGAGCUAACAGGAGUGACCCAGUGUGCCCAGCCUCACCAGGCCUCUUCCUUUUUAAACAUGAAUCUACCAGAUUUCUAUUUUAUAAUUUCCCAUCAGAAUUAACUCUACAGCAGUUACAAGACAAGUUUUAAAAUUUCCUAGGGAGAGGAUUUAUCAGGGUGCAUGUAAGACAGUGCUACCAAAAAGAUUGCCAUAAUUUCUAAUAGUAUUAUACUAAUUUAUAAAGGCUGUCUUGUCUGAGUAGGCUGACACUUUCUAAGUAACUCCCGUGCUGGUAAGUGGGAAUUCAUUCCGUGAGCAUUCAAGGGCCCGUUACACAAUUUGGAGUAAAUAAGGAGAUGUCCUAGCCGUCCCUUGCAGGCUUGCAUCUCUUUCUCCUGUCACUGUCUAUAUUACGGGGGUAUUUGCUGAAGUCUGUAGCAAAAAGACAAAGAAAGUAUUGGUAGCCUAGGAGGUGAAGGUGUCCCAGGAUUAGUCUUCUGCAUAUUUCAUUGACAUUAUGUUGUUUGCUCAGGGGAAAAGCGGAACUCGUCUGAUUAGAAUAUUUGCAGUGGCACAGCUGUGUGGGAACUGAACUGUGUGUCGGUGUCACACUCAAAAGUUGAAACUUUCAAUGGGACUAGCUGCGUGUGGGAGGGAGGCUGGAACUGAAGGUUACCAAGAGCCUCGUAAUGCUAGAUCCAAGAGUUAUGGGAAAGAACCAGCCGAAGGAACAGAAUCUCAUGAGCGGAAGAUGUGGAAACAAAUUUCAGGUGAAAGUAAAAUGAAGUGAAAUGUUUCCUUUUCUCGCAUGUAAGCUUAUCAGCAGAUAGACAGAACCUUGUUAACUAUUUACCUUUGCGUAAGAGCUGUGGUUUUUUUCUUACCAAACCAGAGUUACAGUACAGUAAGGCAGGAAUAGCAUGGCAACUGCACGAUAAUAUAAGGUGGACCAAUUCUGCCUUCAAUAUCUAGUUGCAGACACAGUAGGAGUUCCAACUUUCUUUGAUAUUGCUAUCCUUUCCAAAGCAGUCAAGCACAUCAGAGAGGGCUCUGCUUAUAGGUGGUAGGUCUCCCCAAAUGUAAAGAAAACGAGGAAGAGUAAAAUUAAGCUUUUCUGUGGAACAAUUGAGUUUAUUGGGAUACAUGCAGAAGCAGUCCUGUCCUUAGAUUGACAUUACAUUGUAUCAAUACUGCAUCUUCUAGUUUAAGAUUCUUAUAGCUUUGCAAUUAUUUGCAGUGGAAAAAGAUCAGGGGAAUGAAAGAAUAGGCACACUGAUUUCUUUUCAUGCAUGUAUAUACACUAUUUUCCUGAACAAUUUGUAGCAGUUACAUUUAGGAAGGAGCAAAAGAAAGACAUCGGACAAACCUGAAAAUAUUGCUGACGCUCCAUAAAUGGGCAUUGCACAUCCCAGAUGCUGCUGAAAAAGCAUCUAUGAAAAUGUAUAGCCCUUUGUCCAGUGCUUUGUUGUGAAAAGUAUUGCUGCAAGUUCAGUCCUGCAUCUCAAACUUCCUGCACUGGAAACUUCUGCAUACCUAAAGGAGAUGUCUCUCCUCUGCUGGGCUCUUUCUCCCAGAAUAAUACAGUUUGAUAAGUUUCUCAUGCUGUUACUCAGUGUGGACUAUAAUGGUUCAUAUUUUUGAGGGGAUGGAAUGGAGGAAAACUGCAGUUUAGUCACUCUGUCAAACACCCUCUUGCCCUGCACCUUGCACUACACAGUGGAAAUAGGGUACUGUCGGUCCAUUCUGCAGUUCUGUGUGUACCUGCUCUCAGUGCACAGCAGUGGCCCUUGCAGCCCAGAUUUUUUUGCCUUGGCAUUAUCUGCUUGUGCCAUCAGCUUCUCCUUAAGCAUUUCAUUUGAUGGACUGGACUUGGAGACAACUGUAGCAGUUAGUACAGAUUGGUUUAUACAAAAGCUUUCAAUCUUUCCCCAUCAAAAUGUCCUGUUUGCAGAAAGCAUUCUAUAAUAAAUCGUUUAUGAAUGCUUUUUGGUGCUUCUGGAGGAAGGAUUGGUAAGUGUUUGUUUUCUGCUAAGCCGUAGCUUAGUUUUCCUGUUUAGUAUGUAUAGCCUCUCCAGGCUUUUCCCGUACCUAUUCUGUGAAGUGUAACCAGCCUCUCAUCUUAAUACACGUGACUGUGCCACAAAAUGCUGUAGCAUGUUAGAGAUCUUGGAGCUUUCUCAGUUGAACAGGUAUACUCGAGCUGAUACAGUCCAGCCCAGCAUCUAGGUAUGCUAGUUUGGUACCUGCAAGCAGCACAGCUGUGGUUGCUUGUCUUUCAGCAAACUAUCACUUCAGGCGCAGCUGCCUGCGGUGGAAGCACUGGUGCCACGGUUUCUGCCCCACACUCUUGCACAAUGAGGAUAUCCCUUGUAUGUCCACCACUUUGGAGGUCCUGAGCCUGGUUUCUGCUUGGCUGCCUACUUCAGGACUUUUUACAUCCUCUGAGGAGGCAGGAAAGAAAAGGAAGAUGUUCAUCCCAUAUGUUUUGCAGUCUGCCUUUUCCCCUCCUGAGCAGCCCCUUUGCAGAGAUAGUGCUGCUACUUUAAGGUCACCGGGUAAAAUUUCACUUGGCCAUGUACUGUUUGCAAUAGCCAAGGAGCUCCUGGAGGGUCUCCUGGGCUCGGGACCUACUCUGUGUUUCGUGGCAAAAGAACUGUAGGAGGGAAUCCUGUUUGCUUGGUCUUACUGGGUAAUGAGACCCCUGUACCCUGUAGGCCUCUUAGGAAACCCAUUUUCUCCGAAGACGGUUAUGUGUAAAUUGCAGGACUGUGCCCCCAACAUUCCACCCAGCCAUACCUACUCAUAGGAAUACAAACUAGACUGAGAAGUGUAUGUAAGUGUAUAUAGGUGACGAACUUCAGCCAGCUGAUUGACAAAGGGGCGGGGAAACUGAACUCCUGACGGGGAACAGAACCCUUUUGCCCACACUUACUAUUCUGUCUUGUAUUGCUGGGGUUCCCCCGUGCCAUUUUAAAAAUGUUAAUAAUGUCUUUAGGCAGAAAGUGACGUUUUGAUUUAUUUGUGGGGUUUUUUUCUAUCACAAUAAAAAGAAAUCCAGC